CACGUAAUAGUGGCGUUUAAAUAUAAUCCUAAAACUGUAUCGUUUCGUGUUCACUGUCUAGUUUCGUAGUGAUAUUAUAAUAAAGAAGUGUUGAAUUCAGGUGUAAACGUGUGUGGUUAUGUGGCGGCGAGUGAUAUGACAUCUUGCACCGCCAGACGGACUCCGGCCGUCUUCAUGAGGAUACUGGCGACAAGUUUGGCCCCGAGAUCAUGGUGGCUCCCGAUUCCGAGGCUACUUCGAAUCCUCGGAUAGCAGCUGCACACGAGAGUCCCUCUGCCGCUGAGGCGCGCCACAGUGCUGAUUUAUAUAUACGUACCAGCUGGGUUGAUGCAGCUUUAGCGCUCUCUGAACUAGAAAAGGGCAAUAUCGAAGGAGGAAGAUCGUCGUUGUGGAUACGGGCGUGGUUGCAGGAGCAGCUAUUUAUUUUGGGUUGUUUCCUCCAAGGCGACGCGGGAAAAGUGUUAUUCGUCGCAACACUUGUCCUUUCCACGUUUUGUGUUGGUCUCAAGUCAGCACAAAUUCACACAAGAGUCGACCAACUCUGGGUUCAAGAGGGUGGCCGAUUAGAGUCGGAACUAAAAUAUACAGCUCAGGCAUUGGGCGAAGCAGAUUCCUCUACGCAUCAGCUGAUUAUUCAGACAGCCAAAGAUCCAGACGUGUCGUUAUUACAUCCGGGAGCUUUACUUGAACACUUAAAGGUAGUACACGCCGCAACUCGAGUGACGGUGCAUAUGUAUGAGAUCGAAUGGCGGCUCAAGGAUCUGUGCUACAGCCCCAGCAUCCCGGACUUCGAGGGGUACCAUCAUAUCGAAUCAAUCAUCGACAACGUCAUACCAUGCGCCAUUAUAACGCCCCUCGACUGCUUCUGGGAGGGGUCCAAGUUGCUGGGACCAGAUUACCCAAUUUUUGUACCUCACCUCAAGCACAACAAAUUACAAUGGACACAUUUGAACCCUCUCGAAGUGAUAGAAGAAGUAAAGAAGUUAAAGUUCCAAUUUCCUUUGAGCACGAUGGAAGCUUACAUGAAGCGAGCUGGCAUCACGUCCGCCUACAUGAAGAAGCCGUGUCUGGAUCCCACCGACCCUCACUGCCCUGCCACAUCUCCCAACAAAAAGUCAGGACACAUUCCAGAUGUCGCAGCCGAGUUAUCGCACGGUUGCUACGGAUUCGCGGCAUCCUACAUGCAUUGGCCGGAACAAUUGAUAGUCGGUGGUGCGACCAGAAAUUCAACGUCAGCCUUACGAAGCGCCAAAGCUCUACAGACUGUAGUACAGUUGAUGGGCGAACGAGAAAUGUACGAAUACUGGGCGGAUCAUUACAAAGUACAUCAAAUCGGCUGGAAUCAAGAGAAGGCCGCUGCUGUUCUUGAUGCGUGGCAGAGGAAGUUCUCAGCGGAGGUCAGAAAAACAACAACAUCAGGACAAGUAUCAGCGGCUUACAGCUUUUAUCCGUUCUCGACUUCAACCCUGAAUGACAUUCUUGGCAAAUUCUCAGAAGUUUCUUUAAGAAACAUUGUUUUGGGAUACAUGUUUAUGUUGAUGUAUGUUGCUGUUACGCUAAUACAAUGGCGAGACCCCAUUCGAUCACAAGCUGGUGUCGGCAUAGCUGGGGUGCUACUACUAUCAAUUACUAUUGCUGCGGGCUUAGGAUUUUGUGCUUUGUUAGGAAUACCAUUCAAUGCUUCGAGUACGCAAAUCGUGCCUUUCCUAGCACUAGGCUUAGGAGUACAAGACAUGUUCCUAUUAACCCAUACAUACGUAGAACAAUCUGGAGAUGUUCCGAGAGAAGAAAGGACGGGUUUAGUACUGAAGAAGAGUGGUUUAAGCGUCCUUUUGGCAUCCUUGUGCAAUGUGAUGGCAUUUUUGGCUGCGGCUCUCUUACCAAUUCCAGCAUUCAGAGUAUUUUGCUUACAGGCUGCCAUACUCCUACUAUUCACCUUGGGUUCCAUGCUUUUGGUAUUUCCGGCUAUGAUAUCACUUGACUUGAGAAGAAGAUCAGCUGCUAGAGCAGAUUUGUUAUGUUGCUUAUUACCUGAAAGUCCACUGCCGAGAAAGAAACUUCCAGAACGUAAGGGGAGAAAUGGAAGAAACGAAAAGAAUAGGGCUGAUAUCUCGCGCCAACCAUUGGAUCCCGAGGUCACAGAAGAGGUAAAGACAUGCUGUCUCAGUAUCUCACUCACCAAGUGGACCAAAAAUCAUUAUGCCCCGUUCAUCAUGAGACCUUCAGUAAAAGUUACUUCAAUGCUAGCCCUAAUAGCUGUGAUUCUAGUCAGUGUAUGGGGAGCUACAAAAGUGAAGGAUGGAUUGGAUUUGACCGACAUUGUACCUGAGAACACUGACGAACACGAAUUCUUGUCGCGACAAGAGAAAUAUUUCGGAUUUUACAACAUGUACGCGGUCACACAAGGAGACUUGGAAUAUCCCACCAAUCAGAAGUUACUCUACGAAUAUCACGAACAAUUUGUUAGAAUACCGAAUAUAAUAAAAAACGACAAUGGCGGCCUGCCAAAGUUCUGGCUGACUCUCUUCCGGGAGUGGCUUUUGGACCUACAAGCGGCAUUCGAUAAGGAAGUUGCGAAUGGCUGCAUCACCCAAGAAUAUUGGUGCAAGAAUGCGAGCGACGAAGGCAUAUUGGCGUACAAGCUGAUGGUUCAAACCGGGCACGUCGACAAUCCAAUUGAUAAAUCGUUGAUAAAUUCUGGCCAUCGCUUGGUUGAUAAAGAUGGGAUUAUCAACCCAAAAGCCUUUUACAACUAUUUAUCGGCUUGGGCCACGAACGAUGCGUUGGCAUAUGGCGCAUCUCAGGGCAACUUGAAACCCCAACCUCAGAGAUGGAUUCAUUCGCCCGAAGACGUUCAGUUGGAAAUUAAGAAGUCUUCUCCUUUGAUAUAUACUCAACUACCCUUUUACUUAUCUGGAUUGAGCGAUACGGAUAGUAUUACAACUCUGAUUACAUCGGUGAGGGAGUUGUGUUUGAAGUAUGAAGCCAAGGGAUUACCCAACUUUCCUUCUGGAAUACCUUUCUUGUUUUGGGAGCAGUACCUGUAUUUGCGGACAUCGCUUCUAUUGGCUCUCGCUUGCGCAUUGGCUGCUGUAUUUAUUUGCGUAAUGAUAGUGGUUCUAAACGCGUGGGCGGCACUGCUAGUAACGGUGUCUUUGGGUGCUUUAGUACUGCAGCUAGUGGGAGCAAUGUCCUUGCUUGGAGUGAAGCUCUCUGCGAUGCCCGCAGUACUUCUGGUCCUGGCUAUUGGCAGGGGGGUGCACUUUACACUACAUUUGUGUCUGGGUUUCGUCACGUCGAUCGGUUGUAAGCGACGUCGGGCCAGCUUGGCUUUGGAAAGUGUAUUAGCACCGGUAGUACAUGGCGCAGUGGCUGCAGCCCUCGCCGCUUCAAUGCUUGCUGCCAGCGACUUUGGAUUCGUAGCCAGGCUGUUUUUAAGACUCUUGCUAGCCAUGGUCGUAUUGGGAUUGGUCGAUGGACUUCUCUUUUUCCCAAUCAUUCUAUCCAUACUUGGACCGGCUGCUGAGGUUCGUCCACUGGAACAUCCGGAACGUCUUUCGACCCCGUCACCAAAAUGCUCUCCUGUACAUCCUCGCAAGUUCAGCUCAAGCUCAAGUGGCGGUGACAAAUCCAGCAGAACCAAAUCGGCUCCGAGGCCUUCAGCUCCAUCUCUUACCACCAUCACUGAAGAGCCUUCGAGUUGGCACAGUUCGGCACAUUCGGUGCAGUCAUCAAUGCAGUCGAUAGUCGUACAGCCGGAAGUGGUGGUUGAAACUACCACAUACAACGGAAGCGAUUCAGCUUCCGGCCGGUCUACUCCGACUUCCAAGUCCUCUCAUGCUGGAUCUAUAACGACAAAGGUAACUGCAACAGCCAACAUAAAGGUUGAAGUUGUGACACCGAGCGAUAGGAAAUCCAGAAGAUCUUACCACUACUACGAUCGUCGCAGAGACCGAGACGACGAUAGAGAUAGAGAUAGGGAUCGGGAUCGCGAGAGGGACAGAGAUAGAGAUCGCGACCGAGACAGAGAAAGAGAGAGAGAUUGGGAUCGUUCUCGUGAACGAGAUAGGCGGGACCGGUACAGGGAUGAGAGAGAUCAUCGCGCCUCUCCUAGAGAAAACGGACGGGAUUCUGGGCACGAGAGCGAUUCAUCGCGACAUUGAGUAGUAUUAGGUUCUACAGUGAUUUGUGAGUUAUCGGACUAUUAUUUAUGCGAUGAAUUAAUUGACGUACAGUUAUUAAUUCGAUGUUAACGGCAUCUUUACCUGAAGUAAUAGAGUUUUGUCUAUUUGAUUGUUCCAAGGUAACCCUUAUGACAAUACUACGAAAGUUAUUUUUUUAUUAUCAAAUAAGUUAAGAUGACCUCGACAUGGUUGCAUCUGUAUAUAAAAAACAUCAAUCGAUAACCGAGUGUUUAAUGCCAGAUAUAAGAGCGCAAUUGUGUGAAAAUGUUUUGCCUUUUUACAUUUUUUAGGAUUCAUUAAAUGGAGGCUAUAGCACUGUUAAAUUCAGAUAUGUUUAAGUGAGAACUAAUUCUCACAUAUGUAAAAAUUCGUAACUAUUUGAGAAACCGGAGAAUCGGAGAAUCAGAAACCAAGAUUCAGAGAGAAGUCUAAAGGAGUCAUACUCUAUUUCGACUCUUGAUUUUAGGGUCAACACAGAUCAACUCUUAUAUCUGUGAAAAUCCAAUGACAAUUUGAAAGAGUUCUCAACUAGUUAAAAUCUCCUGUCUUAAACUUCUCUCUGAAUUGUCUAUGCGCAAAUAACUAGUUUCAGAAUCUCAUUUUGAUGAUCUGAAGGAUUUCCAAUCAUUCCAAAAGGAGACUAGUAGAAUAACACUUUCGGCUAUUAUUUGACUAAAGUCACCCACCUAUUUAACGUUUACAUGUAUUCUGUGUAUACAAGAAACAGGAUCCGAUGUUUCAGAAGGAAUUCACCAACAUGAAUUUUAUAAAGCUGCGGCAACAUCAAAAGUAAUUUAAUCUUUUUAACUCUUAGUCCUAACAAUUUUAUGAUAUAUACUCCAGGUGGGUUUACCAAAUAAUUGCUUAAAAUUGUGUUCCUAUUGAAACAUUUCCAAUAUCAAUCGUUAAUAUGCGUCUUAAGACUGCUGUGUAUUUAUCAUAUUAUUUAUUCUGUCUAUAAUUAAUUACACCAGAAAUCUGUGAAUCGGAUGUAUUGUACAAAUUACUUAAGUUUGUAUAGUUAAGGUAAUAUUUAUGAGAUUACUAAGAUUAUUUAGCUGUAUUGUGAUCUUAGCUCACGUGUACGUUAAAGACUGCGUUAGAGAUUGUUAGAGCGUACAAGAUUCAUCGAAUUGACGAAAACCAUUGUUGUCUAGAGCCUAUGGUCAA